UCACAGCACCUGAAAUUGAGACUUUGAAAAAAUAAAAUAAAGAUCAGAGCAAACUGCAAAGCAAAACAGAGGGAAAGGAAAGGAAGGGAUCCAAAUUGUCUCACGCAACCAUGGUGGCGGAUUCCAAGUCAAACUCCGAUAUCUCCUUCGCCAAAACCUUCGCUAGCAGCGCUUUCUCCGCCUGUUUCGCUGAGGUGUGUACUAUACCUUUGGACACUGCUAAAGUUAGGCUUCAGCUUCAAAAACAAGGUAUAGCUGGGGAUGUAGCCUCCUUACCUAAAUAUAAGGGUAUGCUUGGAACAAUUGCAACCAUUGCCAGAGAAGAAGGUGCUUCAGCACUCUGGAAGGGCAUUGUGCCAGGGCUACAUCGUCAAUGUCUGUAUGGAGGUUUAAGAAUUGGGUUAUAUGAGCCUGUUAAGGCUCUCUAUGUGGGGAGUGACCAUGUUGGGGAUGUUCCAUUGUCAAAGAAAAUUCUUGCUGCAUUUACAACUGGUGCUGUGGCAAUUACAGUGGCAAAUCCAACUGAUCUCGUCAAAGUUAGGCUUCAAGCAGAAGGAAAAUUGGCUCCGGGUGUUCCUAGGCGCUACUCUGGAUCUUUAAAUGCUUAUUCAACAAUUGUGAGACAGGAAGGAGUUGGGGCACUUUGGACUGGUCUUGGCCCCAAUAUAGCAAGAAAUGGUAUCAUCAAUGCUGCUGAACUAGCCAGCUAUGAUCAAGUGAAACAGACAAUUUUGAAAAUUCCAGGAUUCACCGACAAUGUUGUAACUCAUCUCCUUUCUGGUCUGGGGGCAGGGUUUUUUGCUGUCUGUAUCGGCUCCCCAGUUGAUGUGGUUAAGUCUAGAAUGAUGGGAGAUUCUACUUACAAAAGCACCCUUGAUUGUUUUGUCAAAACCUUAAAGAAUGAUGGCCCCUUCGCCUUUUAUAGAGGCUUCAUCCCAAAUUUUGGACGGCUAGGAUCUUGGAAUGUGAUCAUGUUUCUAACCCUAGAACAGACUAAAAAGUUCGUCAAAAGUUUAGAAUCAUCCUGAGUUCAAUCAACUACAUGGAGGACUCUCUAAGGAACUGAUUGCAACUGCAAAUGCAGUGGAAAUUGUAGAAAAUAAAGGUCUACCUCUUCAUUUUGCUAACUUGGUCGCACACAAUCAAGUAUUUGUUUUUUCGAGGGUGAAAAGACAAAUGAAAGUAAAAUAAAUGAGAAUACUUCUUAUAUACUAGCCUUUUAGAAUUGUGAGAUCUGUAGGAAUUGCAUGCUGUUUCCAUGUAAUUCUCUUCAAAUUUUAUUACGAAACAAGCUUGGACAUGAGAUUCAUUUCACAUAUGGUGGGGUUUAAGCCUCGGCCUAUGUGGAUAUUUAUAAAUUUAAACACAACGUUGCCCUUGCCCCUUGGACAAGUUCAA